UGUAUUUCACAGCUAUCUGACAACCCCACUGCCCAUCUCCCGUGUGCACUGCGACUGCACCCCGCUGCCUAAGAUCCUCAGCCCUGCACAGCAGCCCUUCCAGAGCCUGCUGCUAUCUCAGGCUGCGCACCCGCACAGCCAUGCUGGUGAAGAAUGCGUGCAGCAGCAACUGCAGCUGGGAGCUCAGCUACUGCCUGCAGGAGAGUACCACAUACAGAUCGAAACCCCACAUCCCAUUAGUUAUCUUGCCUUGCAGAAGUCAGCAUGGAGAGCGAGUCAAAGCCAUCCUGCCACUCUUCUCCCAGUUCCACCUCAAUGCUGGGGAGUUGCACAGAAUGGAAGUGACAGGAGUGGUGUAUAAUUACAAUGAAGAAGGCAUUCACAGAGAUGAAACUGGAUGGGAGCAGUGCAUUAGUGUCCCACUAGUACAGCCAGAUAUGUUUGGGCUUCGUCAGCAGUGGGAUCACCUCCUAGAGGAAUUUUCUAUGGGAGAGGAGUGGCUUCCUCACAGGUAUGAAGAACGUGACCACAACUGCUACACAUAUGCACUAGCAUUCAUUAAUAGCGUGCUGACUGCACAAGGAAAGCAGCAAAUGAGUAAAAGUGAAUUUACAGAGAAGUUUGUGAUUCCACAGACAAAGAAUGCUUCCAAAUACAUUACUCUUCAUCAGGAGCUAACCACUAAAGAAUUCUACAUUGUACCCCUGCCUGAUCAAGAAAAACAGUGCUGAAAAUAACAAGUUGCAACAUGAAAGCAUCUACGAAACGCUACAGGAGAAGGAAGCCUUAAGACACCUGACCUCAUUAAGAUACACAAUCUGCCUGAUGUACUUAAAAAGACAAUUAAGUUUACAUAUGUUAAGCUGCAUAUCAUGGAAGGAUCACGAAACUAUGGGUAUUUGAAAUAUCAUGCUUGCAAUAUACACAAAAAAUUGCUAUGGGAACUACUACCGUUGAAAAAUGCUUUCCUAUUCACAUUCACUGUAUGCUGUGUUCUGUUGAGACAUUUAAUAUUAGAAAUCAUAAUGGCUGUAUAAUUACGGGUUUUAACAAAUCAACUGUUGAAAUAAGCUCCUUUAAACCAAACUUAAUUUUCCCAUCACACGUAUGGAAAAAAAAAAGGAAUUUAUGCUUGCAUGCUGCUCAAGUCUGAUGUCUGUCACAAAGCAAAGUCAUUUUCCUUCAACCAGUAGUAAAGCAUACAGUAUUCAUAACAAUAAAUCCAGUCUCACUGUCA